AUGGCCAACGCUCCUCACGGUGGUGUCCUCAAGGACCUGCUCGCUCGCGAUGCUCCCCGCCACGACCAGCUCGCCGCCGAGGCCGAGACCCUCCCCGCCGUCGUCCUCACCGAGCGUCAGCUCUGCGAUCUCGAGCUGAUCAUGAACGGUGGUUUCUCUCCUCUCGAGGGUUUCAUGAACCAGGCCGACUAUGACCGUGUCUGCCAGGACUGCCGUCUCGCCGAUGGCAAUGUCUUCUCUAUGCCCAUUACCCUCGACGUUACCCAGCAGGUCGUCGACGAGAACAAGCUCAAGGCUGGUGCCCGCAUUACUCUGCGCGAUUUCCGUGAUGACCGUAACCUGGCCAUCCUGACCAUUGACGACAUCUACCGCCCCGACAAGACCAAGGAGGGCGAGCUCGUCUUCGGUGGUGACCCCGAGCACCCCGCUAUCGUUUACCUGAACGAGACUAUCCAGGAGCUGUACAUUGGUGGCAAGAUCGAGGCUGUCAACAAGCUCAACCACUACGACUAUGUCGGUCUGCGCUACACCCCCGCUGAGCUGCGCGUCCACUUCGACAAGCUGGGCUGGUCCCGCGUCGUCGCUUUCCAGACCCGUAACCCCAUGCACCGUGCUCACCGUGAGCUGACCGUCCGCGCGGCUCGCUCCCGCCAGGCCAAUGUCCUGAUCCACCCCGUCGUCGGUCUGACCAAGCCCGGUGACAUUGACCACUUCACCCGUGUCCGCGCCUACCAGGCCCUUCUCCCCCGCUACCCCAACGGCAUGGCCGUUCUGGGUUUGCUCGGCCUGGCCAUGCGUAUGGGUGGUCCCCGUGAGGCUAUCUGGCACGCUAUCAUCCGUAAGAACCACGGUGCCACUCACUUCAUUGUCGGCCGUGAUCACGCCGGUCCCGGUAAGAACUCCAAGGGUGUCGACUUCUACGGCCCUUACGAUGCUCAGCACGCCGUCGAGAAGUACAAGGAUGAGCUCGGCAUCGAGGUCGUCGAGUUCCAGAUGGUCACCUACCUCCCCGACACCGACGAGUACCGCCCCGUCGACCAGGUUCCCGAGGGUGUCAAGACCCUGAACAUCUCCGGUACCGAGCUGCGCCGCCGUCUGCGCACCGGCGCCCACAUCCCCGAGUGGUUCUCCUACCCCGAGGUUGUCAAGAUCCUGCGCGAGUCCAACCCCCUCGCAACGCCCAGGGACGCCAUUGCCCGUGCUCUCCAGGUUACCCUGAACCAGCAGGGUGGUCGCUCCGUCUCCCUGCUGCUGGGUGACACCGUCCGCCACGAGCUGUCCUCCGAGCUGGGCUUCACCCGCGAGGACCGCCACACCAACGUCCAGCGCAUUGCUUUCGUCGCCUCCGAGCUGACCCGCGCCGGUGCCGCCGUUAUCGCUGCCCCCAUCGCCCCCUACGAGCACUCCCGGAAGUACGCCCGUGACGCCGUCUCCCAGGCUGGCAACUUCUUCCUCGUCCACGUCGCUACUCCCCUCGAGUACUGCGAGAAGACCGACAAGCGCGGUAUCUACGCCAGCGCUCGUCGUGGCGAGAUCAAGGGCUUCACUGGUGUCGAUGACCCCUAUGAGGCUCCUGAGAAGGCUGACCUCGUUGUCGACUGCUCCAAGCAGUCUGUUCGCAGCAUCGUCCACGAGAUUAUCCUCGUGCUCGAGAGCGAGGGCUUCUUCGAGAAGGGUCAGUAA